GUGUCCCCGCGCUUCGGCUUGCUUGACCAAGCACUGUAGUUAUGACGGCGGUUAGAAUUCGCAUUGGUCAUCCCAUUACUUGCAGGACUUGGCCUUCUAGGUUGGGCCGACACUUCGACAUCCUAAGCUGGAUGGUCCCAGACACAUAACCCGCAGCAAUGCUGCUGCUGGCAGCCCUCGCGGCAAUCUGCCGCUGCGUUGACACGCUCGCAUCUGAGUCAUUGCCGCAAGCACAUACAGCAAUACCAGCCAUGGUGCCGCGCUCGGCCGUGGUGCUGAACGCGUACCUGCCGGGCCUCGUGCCAGCCGCGUGCGAGGGGGCUUCAGCGGUGCUGCCCCUGCCGAUUCCGCAUCAUCGCACACACACAACACACACUGAGAGGGCUUGGCAGCAAGCGCCUUCUGGGGAGCGGCAAGAUGGCGGCGAGGAGCGGUCUGCAGAAAUUGCCGAUGGCCAACGGGCACACACGCUCCUGGUGGGCAGUUCCGCCUCCUCUGCAUGGCGGCGGCGGCGGCGGCAGCUGCAGCAGUUGUACCUGGGUCCCCGGGUGCUGGACAUAAACUCCAUAUCCUGGUACGCCGCCACGCCCGCCGGCUCCGCCUCCGCCACCCUGGCUGGCGACUCCAAGUUCCGACUGGCCGCCGACGGCACACUCAACUGGGGCGGCGGCUUCUCCACAGGCCAGGCUAUGGCGGUGAACCCCAGCCAGGGCCGCUGGGCCUCUCAGCUGCUGGGCGGCCCCGGCGGCCAGUCGCGGCCGGCUGCCUCCACCGCGGCCUACGUGGUGGUGCCACAGUUCCUGCAGUGCUGCUCGCUGUUCCCCAGCCGCGGCUACUUCCUGAGUGAGGCCGCCACGGGCGCGUCCGGCGCCUCGGCCGCGGGCGGCUACUACUGGGUGGGCGAGGUGGGCUACAACCCCCUCAGCAACAGCCUGGGCGUGUCCACCUCGCAGGCCCAGGCGGCCACGUUUGACGGCCCCCACACUGGCCCUUUGGCCUCGCGCACGGUGGUGAGCCGCGGCGACCAGUCGCUGGGCUUUGCGGGCGUGGAGGCCAUCGGACAGACCAAUGCUGUCGUCAACUUCGCAGACCCGCGUGUGGAGCAGUACGGCCAGGUCCUGGCCUACCCCUUCAACCUGCUGUCGCCAUGGGACCCGCUCACGUGCACACAGGUGCUGGUGUCGGGCACGGCCUCCACCGGCCUCAACCUGAACCAGCUCCUGAACCAGCAGCCGGGGCAGCGGCAGGGGCAGGGGCAGCAGGGCGGGACGGCAGCUGGGAACAGCAGCAGCAGCGGCGGCAACAGCACAAGCAGCCCGCCUGCCGACUCUCCAGACUCGGGAGUCCGGGGGCUCGUGCUGCCCUCCACGAAGAUCCUGGAGCAAGAUGGCGGCGCCAGCAGCAGCGGGGCGGGCAGUGGCAUGGGCAGCGGCGGCAACAGCAGCAGUAGUGCUGCGGGUGACAACAGCAGCCGCACGCAGGCGCCUGUUGGGCUGGCGCCGUUCUGCGCCCAGUGGUUCAACCUGCAGACGCUGGACGCGCUGCGCUCCUUCCAGGCCGCUGCGGGCCCCGCCUUCAAUAACGACUACCUGGACAACGGCGACUACGGCGGAGACUACGGCGGUGGCAGCGGUAGUGGUGGCGGCGGUAGCAGCGGUGGCGGUGGCAGUGCUGGCGAUGGCGGUGGCGGGGGUAGUGGCGGGGGUAGUGGCAGCAGUGGCGGUGGCGGCGGCGUGACAGGCGGCGGUGCGGCGGCACCGGCGGCGAGCAGCGGGGGCGGCACUGGGCGGGGCAGUAGCAGUAGUGGUGCGCCUGGCGGCACAACCGGGCCUACACCGGCAGCAGCACCUGCUGUCACGGGGCCUGCAGGCUACCGCGACGCCACAGCAGUGACAUCAGCGCCACAAGCGCCGCCGCCAGGUCCCGCCGCUGCAAACGAUACUGCCGAUGGCCCGCGUGUGCUGUUUGUGGGGGAGGCAGACCCCACCGUGGACGACUCGCCUGCUGUAGCAGGCGGCUCCGCCGCCUUACAGCGUUUUGCCGCCGGGCUGGGCGGCGCUGCUGCAGGGCAGCCGGCCGCCGCACCCGCAGCGACGACGCCUCUGCUUGAUCGCCUCCGGACGGCCGCAGCAGCCUCGCCCACCGCACAGCUGCUGCCGCCAGCGAUGAAACAGCUGCUGCUGGGUGCUCCGGGAGCGGCAGGGCUGCAGCAGGGGGCGGGCGUCGUCGGCCCACUGGCCGGCGCGUUUCGAGGCGCCGCCGCGAACGCCACCGCCCGCCAGCGCGGCGUGCUCAACACCAGCCUGGCACACACCAACGAGGCCUGGCAGCUGCGGGUGCAGGCGGCAGCACUGCGCGCCGAGGCGGUGGUGCGGGCGGUGGUGGCAGUAGCGGACGCCGCCUCGCCGCUGACGGCCGCGGUGCUACAGCUGGGCAACGCCGGCUACAGCCGGGCGGCGGCGCUGAGCAAUGCGGGCGUGGACGCCGCCAUCGCGGCGCUGUCGGCGGGGCUGCCGCCUGGCGUGGCGGAGGAGCUGAAGGCCAAGGCGGAGGCCACGGCGUCGCAGCUGGCGGCGGCGGCGGCAACGGGAGGGGCGGGAGGGCCGGGGGCAGGCACAGGGGUGAUGACCAGCUCGGCGCCGCCAGGGUCUGGCGCGCCGGCAUCAUGAGGGGCUGUUGAUUAGCGGUCACUGACGGUUCAGGAUUUGAGGUCCGCGGCGAGCUGCGGUAGUGUUGCUGCGCAUCAGUGUAAGGGGAACACCGC